AUGCCAACCAAGUCUCCUCAGGAGCCUGAUGACCUGGUAUACGGCAAGGGCACUGAACAGACCGAGCACAAGUGCGGCGGAAAAGAGUACCAUACCGAGAUGCCCGACAGAAGCUUUGACAUCGGUAGUGGCACGGCACGUGGACUACGCUUCGGUCAAUAUUUCAAGCACUACGGUGUUAUUAAGGAUGACUGCCAUAAGAUCCAAUACUCAUCCUGCGCAUUGUUUCAAUAUUCGGAUGCUUCAUAG